AUGGCAACAACGGUGUACAACGGCUACUCAAUAAUGCAAAGCAGUAGAUGUCAGCCUGAAAUGGAUAGCAAAGCGAAGCAGGCGAAGGAAAAACCGAACACAUCGAGUCGGCACCGCGUAGUAGGUAAUGAGCUGCAAAGCGUGAAACAACAACAGUCCCAGCGACAGCAGGAGCCUUCCCGUGUGCCGGACCGCGCCGAAGCAAACGUAGUGCCGACACAGCCGCAACCAGGAGCCAUCAUUGGUGACACCAGCAGCAGCCGGACAGCAGGACCAACCCCAGCAACCAACAGCACCAUGAGCGCAUCGUUCAACCGUGACCGUCUUGGGCAGUGGCCCGCCGGAUCAGACGGCGAAAUUGCGGGUUCAAUCGCUGGCUUCGAUCGACUCCGCAAUGGAAAGUUCAAUAAGGGUCUGUCCUUCAACAUCGAGGAGCGACAGGUGCUUGGUAUUCACGGACUAAUGCCGGCGGUUGUCCGGACGGAGGCGGAGCAGGUGCAGCACUCCAUGGAGCUGCUAAAGCAUUACACCGAUCCGCUGAACAAGUACAUCUACCUGAUGGGUCUGCUGGAUCGGAAUGAGCGUCUGUUCUACCGCGUGCUAGCGUCAAACAUCGGCGAAAUGAUGCCGCUCGUCUAUACGCCGACGGUUGGGCUGGCCUGCCAGAAGUACAGCCUGAUCUACCAGCAGCCGAAGGGCAUGUACAUCACGAUCAACGACAAGGGCCACGUGUACGAGGUGCUGAAGAACUGGCCGGAAAGUGAUGUCCGCGCGAUCGUGGUGACGGACGGCGAACGGAUUCUCGGGCUGGGCGAUCUCGGUGCGAACGGUAUGGGCAUCCCGGUGGGUAAGCUCGCCCUCUACACGGCGCUCGCCGGCAUCAAGCCGAGCCAGUGUCUGCCGGUGACGCUGGACGUCGGCACCAACACGCAGAGCAUCCUCGACGAUCCGCUGUACGUCGGAUUGCGGCAUCGUCGCGUGACUGGUCCCUCGUACGACGAGUUCGUCCAGGAGUUUAUGGAGGCAGCCGUCCGCCGGUUUGGCCGCAACUGUCUCAUCCAGUUCGAGGACUUUGCCAACUCGAAUGCGUUCCGGUUUCUCGACCAAUACCGGCACGACUACUGUACGUUCAACGACGACAUCCAGGGGACGGCCUCGGUUGCCGUUGCCGGUCUGCUAGCCUCGCUACGCAUCACUCGCACGAAGCUGGCGGAGAACCGCGUCCUCUUCCAGGGUGCCGGUGAGGCAGCGCUCGGCAUUGCCGAACUCUGCGUGAUGGCGAUGAAGCGGGACGGGCUGAGCGAGGAGGAAGCGCGCCAACGCAUCUGGCUCGUCGACAGCAAGGGGCUGAUCGUGAAGAACCGCCCGGCGGGUGGUAUCAGCGGCCAUAAGCAUCACUUUGCGCACGAGCACGCACCGGUCGAUACGCUGGUGGAGGCGGUCCGCGAGCUGAAGCCAACCAUCCUGAUCGGAGCGGCCGCCAUUGCCGGUGCGUUUACGCCGGAAGUGUUGCGCACGAUGGCGGUCAACAACGAGCGGCCCGUCAUUUUCGCACUGUCGAACCCGACGAGCAAAGCGGAAUGUACCGCCGAGCAGGCGUACGAGCACACAGACGGUCGGGCCGUGUUCGCGUCCGGCUCACCGUUCGCACCGGUUACGUUCGGCGAUCGGACGUUCUAUCCCGGCCAGGGUAACAACUCGUACAUCUUUCCCGGUGUGGCGCUGGGAGUGCUGUGUGCCGGUGCGUCCACCAUUCCGGAGGAAAUUUUCCUACUGUCCGCGCAACGGUUGGCCGAAAUCGUCACGGACGCGGAUCUCGACCGGGGCAGCCUGUAUCCGCCGCUGGAAAACAUCCAGGACUGUUCGAUCAAAAUCGCCACCCACAUCAUGGACUAUGCGUACGCGGAAGGGCUGGCCUGCACGAAACCGGAACCGGACGAUAAGGAAGCGUUCGUGCGCGCGCAGAUGUACGACGCGAGCUACAGAUCGGCCGUCCCGUCGGUGUACGCCUGGCCGAAGCUGUAAGGCCGGAUGUUAAUGUAUGCUUCUAUCUAAAAACUUAUCCCCUCCCCCUCCCACAUCCUUCUUCUUCUUCUCAUAUCCCUCAACCCCUCAUAUCCCUUUGUUUGUAAUGAAUUCCUUCAUUUUGAUGGUUUUGAUUGUUUUAUCUGUGGCGGUGUUAGAUCGUUUGCGUUAGACGAACCCAGUACUAUUAAUUUUCCGUUAUGUUUGUUUGUAAAUGUUUUGCUGUCUUAUUUUUGUGAGUGUUGUUUCUGUUGUUGCUUUUUUUUUAACUUUUUGUAAGCUUUACUUGCACAUUGAAACCAUGCAAGGCAUCAUGCGUGUAUAACACCUGUGCCUGUGCUGUCUUCAACGUGAUGAGGAAAAAGAAAGGGAAAACCACACACUCAAAAAUACACUCCCCAAAUGCAGCUGAAAAAGCUGUUUAAACUCAACGAAUAAAUUAAGCACUAUUGAUGUGGUGGCAGGAGAUUUACGGUUUAAAAAGGAAACGUUAUAGCAUCUACUUCACUGGCCUUCUUUACUCGUACUGUUUCUCGGUGGAAAGUGUGCGCGCUUGUUAUUGUUCUCGUACAUGUAAAAAAAAAAUACAAAAUGAAGCCAAAAAAAUCAAAUCAAUGUCCAAAAACCCUGUACAACACCAUUUCAUACUCAUUAACCCCCAAAAACCGUUCUCUCCCCUCGUCCUAUAUAAAAAAAAACUGUGUCUCGUAAAUGUUUAUCGAAGUGAAAGUGAUAAUAAAAUGUGUAAAUUAUAUGGCUAAGGAUGUUUGUUACGUACUUACCUAUCCGCCCUCCUGCACCCAUUCUUCCCCCUAAAACUUCACCUCUGCCUCCGUUGUAUAUAUCCAACCGGAACCGGUUCCGGUCGCUCUGCUUCACAUGUUGCAUGCUCUCGUUCUUUGAUGUGUUUUUGUCCCUCCCUCUACAACUAGAAAAACAACAGCACCCGAUGUUACAUCCGGUACGUACGGUACUGUGUGUUCAUUAAUUAUGUUUCGAUCUAGACGAACUUGAACUUGAAGGCGUUGAAGGUGAACGAUGCUGUCUCGGGCAUGUGGAAUAGGUCACAUUCCAUGUUUCCGGUGUAGGGAAACACGCUGUCUACGGCUACGGUUAGAUUUUAUUCCACCAGGUUUAUUUAACCAGGAAAUGAUGAGUGAUCUUAGGUGUUUAAAAAGGUAUUGGUUAAUUUUUGGUUUGCCUCACCUUUUGCAAUAGAGCAUUGGUUGAGGCUUCGAAUGUAAAUGCGAAUAAAAAUAA